GGGGGAGGAGCCAGAGCUAAAACACGAAAAUUAUUUAUGAUAACAUAUUAUCUGCAUCUUGUUCAGAACCCGGCAGCAUCAAAUCUGUAUUAAUGCAUCUAACAAUAAUUAAGUGAAGACUUGGAAACAACUGAGAAGGUUAUGACAGCAGCAGCAUCUCUAGAUAUUAUAGCUUCUCAGAAGAACCCAGUGAUGAGGAGGAUUCCAUAAUGUCACUGGCAGUUAUAAGUGAGGACAACUGUGUGUGUGGAGAGAACACUGAGAACACUCUUCUCUGUAAUAUCUGUGGCGUCCUCUUUAAGUGCACAUGGCAUCUGAAUGAACAUUUAGAGAAGCAUCUUCAAGAAAUAAUGCACAAACCACAGGUUAAGGAGGACAUGGAGCCAGCAGAGUUCAAAUCUGUUGUUAAAAUGGAGGAGACCAAAAAAAUCAGAAUGAAAGAAACUAUAAGCAAGAAUGAUAUGAGCACAGGAUUCUUGUUGGAUCAUACAUAUUGUGCCGCAUUACACCACAUUGUCCCUCUCAGACUUAAAGCUGGAGAUCAUACUUACAGUGGAAUUGGAAAUUGCAUUAACAAUUAUACAAACAUCAUUAAUCAAAGCUCAAAAUUGGCCAAUAUUAAAAUGGAAACUAGACCAGACUCUUUACCUGUGAGUGCUCAACAGAGUAAAGCCAACAUUUUUAUGCUUCAACUAAGAUCUCAAAAAGGAGAGAAGAGUGGCUCAUCUAAUUUGUCAAAGAUGGAUGUGAAAGUAGAGAAUGACAAUAUGGAUUGUCUUGUGGAAUGUGGACUUAAUGAGGAGAUGGUGGUAGACAGAAAAUUUUAUUCAGAGGAUGAAGAAAGUACUGAGACCAGUAACGACGAAGACAGUGAUUCUCUACCUGCUGGUGAUACAGAAUACAGCCCGGAUGAAGACCUUAGCUCUGACUCGCAAUAUUCUACAUGUACCGACACUGAUAAAUCAAGAAGGAAAAGAUCUCAUGCAAAUCUCAAUUUGGAUCCAGCGUCACUUGUGUCUACAGUGCAAGCUGGCUUUCAAGCUGAUUCUCUUAUCAGUGUGAAGACACAAAUGGAGGAUUGCCAAAAUAAGGCAACGUUUGUUUGUUGUCUCUGCCAGGUGGUAUGUGAGAAUAAGGAUGCACUGCUGAAACACAUAGAUAAAGAUCAUCCUGCAGCUAUGUUUAUCUGUGCACACUGCCUCAACAUAUUCUCCAAAGAGGACGCUUUCAGAUAUCAUGUCUGCAGCAGACCUACAGGCUACUUGAGCAUUUUGCCCACCACCCCAGUUACCCAGGUACCUGUUGUGCCUUUAUCUGAUCCUGCAAAUCAACACUCCACCAAUUACAGCAGUCAGAGACUAAUUCCCACCCCCAUCCUGGGCACUAACUGUAACAUAAUUAAAAUGAUCACAUUACCUAAGACUUUCGAUAAAGUAUCCAAGACCCCAUUUCCUAAUCAGUGUGAUCCUCCUCUGUCCUCAACUCCCUCAAAGUCAACAAAUACUCACACUUCACCGCAAAUCUCACAAUUUCACAAUAAUACAAACACUUUUAAUCAAAGACCUCACUUGCCCAACAUUAAAACAGAGAACAAAAGAUUACCUCUAGACUCUUUACCUGAGAGUGAAGCCAACAUUUUUACACAUCACCCGGGAACUUGGAGAGGAGAGAACAUUGGUUCAUCCAUAAUGUCAAAUCAGCAGGUGAAGGUAGAGAAUGACAAAGAGUAUGGGCUUUUGGAAUGUGGACCUAAUGAGGAGGAGGUGGUAGAGGAGGAAUAUGAGAUUACAGAGGAUGAAGAAAGUACUAGGACCAAUAACGAGGAAGACAGUGAUUCUCUACCUGUUGGUGAUACAGAAUACAGCCCGGAUGAAGACCUUAGCUCUGACUCGCAAUAUUCUACAGGUACCAACAAUGAUGAAUCAAUAAGGAAAAGGUCACUGGCAAAUUACAGUAUGGAUCCAGAGUCACUUACAUCUAGAGGGAAAGUUGGGUUUCGGGCUGAUUCUCUCGUCAGCAUGGAGACACACAUGGAGGAUUACAAAAAUAAGGCAACGUUUGCUUGUUGUCUCUGCCAGGUGAUAUGCGAGAAUAAGGAUUUACUGCUGAAACAUAUAGCUAAAGAUCAUCCCGCAGCUAUGUUUAUCUGUGCACACUGCCUCAACAUAUUCUCCAAAGAGGACACAUUCAGAUAUCAUGUCUGCCGCAGACCUACAGGCAACAUGAGCAUUUUGCCAUCCACCCCAGUUAGCCAGGUACCUGUUGUACCAUUAUCUGAUCCAGAAAAGCAAUGCUCCAUCAAUCGUAGCAGUCAGAGACUAAUUCCCACCCCUAUCCUGGGCACUACCUGUAACACAAUUAAAAUGAUUGCAUUACCUAAGACUUUCGAUAAAGUAUCCAAGACCCCAUUACCUAAUCAGUGCAGUCCUCCUCUGUCCUCAACCCCCUCCAAGUCAACCAAUGCUCACUCCUCACAGCAAAUCUUACAGUUUCAUAAUUAUACAAACACCUUUAAUCAAGGAUCACUCUUGCCCAACAUUAAAACAGAGAACAAAAGAUUACCUCUAGACUCUUUACCUGAGAGUGAAGCUAACAUUUUUACACAUCACCCGGGAACUUGGAAAGGAGAGAACAUUGGUUCAUCCAUAAUGUCAAGUCAGCAGGUGAAUGUAGAGAAUGACAAAGAGUAUGGUCUUUUGGAAUGUGGACCUAAUGAGGAGGAGGUGGUAGAGGAGGAAUAUGAGAUUACAGAGGAUGAAGAAAGUACUUUGACCAAUAACAAGGAAGACAGUGAUUCUCUACCUGUUGGUGAUAAAGAAUACAGCCCGGGUGAAGACCUUAGCUCUGACUCGCAAUAUUCUACAGGUACCAACAAUGAUGACUCAAUAAGGAAAAGGUCACUGGCAAAUUACAGUAUGGAUCCAGAGUCACUUACAUCUAGUGGGAAAGUUGGGUUUCGGGCUGAUUCUCUCAUCAGCAUGGAGACACACAUGGAGGAUUGCAAAAAUAAGGCAACGUUUGCUUGUUGUCUCUGCCAGGUGAUAUGCGAGAAUAAGGAUUUACUGCUGAAACAUAUAGCUAAAGAUCAUCCCGCAGCUAUGUUUAUCUGUGCACACUGCCUCAACAUAUUCUCCAAAGAGGACACAUUCAGAUAUCAUGUCUGCCGCAGACCUACAGGCAACAUGAGCAUUUUGCCAUCCACCCCAGUUAGCCAGGUACCUGUUGUACCAUUAUCUGAUCCUGAAAAGCAACGCUCCAUCAAUCUUAGCAGUCAGAGACUAAUUCCCACCCCCAUUCUGGGCACUACCUGUAACACAAUUAAAAUGAUCACAUUACCUAAGUCUUUCGAUAAAGUAUCCAAGACCACAUUACCUAAUCAGUGCAGUCCUCCUCUGUCCUCAACCCCCUCCAAGUCAACCAAUGCUCACUCCUCACAGCAAAUCUUACAGUUUCAUAAUUAUACAAACACCUUUAAUCAAGGAUCACUCUUGCCCAACAUUAAAACAGAGAACAAAAGAUUACCUCUAGACUCUUUACCUGAGAGUGACGCCAACAUUAUUACACAUCACCUGGGAACUUGGAGAGGAGAGAAGAGUGGUUCAUUCAUAAUGUCAAAUAAGCAUGUGAAGGUUGAGAAUGACAAUGAGGAUGGUCUUGUGGAAUGUGGACCUUAUGAGGAGGUGGUAGGAGAUGGGGAAUUUAAGAUGACAACAUAUAAAGAAAGGACUAAGAGUAGUAAUGAGGCAGACAGUGUCACUUUACCCCCUGGUAAUACAGUAUACCACGCUGGUAAAGACCUUAGCUUGAACUCGCAAUAUUCCACAGGUUCAAACAAUGAUGAAUCAAUAAAAAAAAUAUUUCAUGCAAAUUACAGAAUGAAUCCAGAGAUAUUUACAUCCACAGCAAAAGUUCAUUUUCAGGCUGAUUCUUCCAUUUGCUGCAAUGGCAAAUCAGUCAAUAUGGAGAAACACAUGAAGGAUUGCAAAACUAAUCCCACUUUUGCUUGCAGUCUCUGCCAGGUGGUAUGUGAGAAUGAGGGUUUACUGCUGAAACACACAGCUGAAGAUCAUCCCUCUGCAAUUUUUAUCUGUGCACACUGCCUCAACAUGUUCUCCAAAGAAGACACUUUCAGAAAUCAUGUCUGCAGCAGACUUACAGGCUACACAAAUUCUUUGCCAGCCACACCAGUAACCCCAGUACCUGUUGUGCCUUCUGUGUGCCUCUCUGAUCCUGCAAAGCAACUCUCCACCAAGAGAACUCCACCUUGUGCUCCUAUCCUGGGCACUAACUGUACCACAAUUAAAAUGAUCAACUCAACUAAGACUUUCAAUAAAGUAUCCAUGACCCCAUUAUCUAAUCAGAGUGGCCCUCGUCUGUCCUUGAACACCUUGACAUCAACCAAUGCUCACUCUACUCAAAUCUCAGAGGUAGUCCUUCCCAUAAAACCUGUUGCUAAACUUAGUCAAACUGUUGACCAAACUAAGAUGGUACUGCUGCAGACGACUGCCCUAACACAGGCCAAUAUAGUGAGGGAAAUUUCUCCAUUGUCCCCAGCUAAGUUGAAUCCACAAGGUGUGGCUGUACCACAAAGUCUUUUCAGGCCCCCUUGCCCUCGUGGUUCUUUUGUCGUUUGCCCUAAUGUUCCUGUAUGUGCACCCUCUGUUGUGCAUCAAACUAAUCCUUCCCUGUCCAACCAAUCCAGGAUGACCCUUAGAAUUCCAACACCUUCCAGUCCAUCUUUUCCAACUAAAGUUUUUUUAUCCUUUUCACCCACUGUGAAUUUUUCUGCUCCUAUUUUAGUACAAGCCAACAGAAAUAAGCCAAGACUGGCACUAAAACAAAUACCUGCAGCUAAUGAUAGACCUCUUCAGUUACCUGCUAAAGCCCCUUUGGCAACCCCGGUGUCCUGUCCCACCUUGUUAAGGACCAUCGUCCAAAACAACCAGCCUCAGAUUCCUCUGAAGACAUCUUCUCGCCAGAUUCAGAUUCCUACACCAGCCCCUCUUGAAAUAGUGGCCAUGUUUUUGAACCAAAGCAAGGAUUUACCUCUGCAGAAGCGAUUCCAGCAAAGCUGGCGCUCCAAGACCAUUUUUCCCUGUCGGCAAUGUGGUGCUAUUUCAAGACAACUCUCGCUCAGGGUACGUCAUCGCUAUCUUCAUCAGGGGUCACGGUUGUACAGAUGUCAGUGUGGGAAGUCAUUUCAACGGCAGCUACAUUUGCUGAGGCACCAGGUACAACAUGCAGAGUCUGUUCGAUUUGUUUGUGCACGGUGUGGAAAUACAUUUGAUGGGGCACAUAAAUUGACUUUGCACAAACAAAGGUUACAUCGAAAACAUAAAACAUCAAAUUGCCGACAAUAUGCCAAGAAACAAUGCACAGCAGCCUUUGACUGUAUCUGUGGCCAGGAGUUUGUAAGGCCCUCUGCUCUACUCUGGCAUAUGCUUAAAAAUGCUAAACCCUUAAAACACAAGCACAAAAAUGACAGUGGCUUACAUUAACCUUUCUCUGCUGU